UAAAAAAAAUGAAAAAUUUAUAGACAUGCAAGUUUUACAAUUUUUAAAGUUGUUAAUUAUUUUGACCAACCUUUGCUAUGAUGAUGUAAUUAUUGGAAUUGGAAAUACACGAUUAUAAUUCAUUAAAAAAGGCUGAAAUGAAUUACUCCAGUCUCAACGCUUAGUGGAUAUUCUUUGACGUGCGCAUAUUAGGUUCAACCUAAUUCCGAUUUUGCCCAACUGUUUAUAACAAUUUAAUUAGCUAAUUAUAUUCUUAAAUUGGAUAAUCUGGUUCAUGAUACAAUACUCAGAUUCGAAAAGGGCUAAACUUAAAUUUGAAAAAUUUUGAAGAAAAAGAAAAUCCCAUUCAAAGAUAUCUGAAGAUAAACAUAAUUCCCCCAAAAAUCAAGCAUGUCUUUGGAAAUUUUACCGCCUCCGAAUCUCGCUCAAAGUUAUGGAUAUGGAACGGUGGCCGUUUUGCUCAUAAGCCUUUUGUCCUUGCUGGGUGUUGUCCUAGUUCCCUUCCUCUCUAAAACGUAUUACUCUUACCUGAUUCUGGGUCUCAUAGCGUUGGCCAUUGGAACUAUGUCUGGUGACGCCUUUCUGCAUCUAAUUCCACAAGCUCUAGGUCUUCACGAGCAUAAUAGUCACGACACUCACUCUCAUUUGUCUUCCCUCAUCUCAAAUAACUCGGUUUCUGCAUCCGCCUCGACUACGCCCUCUGGUAGGUUGGCGGAGAAGCUUUUGGGCGAUGACCAUCACCACCACCCUGCCAGUCAGGAUUUCGUGUGGAAGCUCCUUGUCGUGCUCGCGACCAUUUUUGUAUUUCACAUAAUGGAGCUGCUCCUUAGAUGGCUUCAAGAGCGCACAGACUCCAGAAACAACCAUAAAUCUGAUGAUCCCACUUUGUCUCGCCACCAUCAUCAUGGUCAAGGUCACUCCCAUGGUGGUCACGCCCACCUUAUUAUACCCGUCUCAGCCUUCGCAUCCCUUAAACCAGUAUCCAUCUCUAAAACUUCUGUGGCAGCAGGUGUUAAUGAUGGCACAGCCUCCACCAACUCUCUCAAAAUUCGCAUGCCCAUCGUGUUGAACGGCACUCCUGAUCCUCCAACACUCGACACUGUUAAAUUCAUUUCUCGAGGAGCAGCUGAUGAUGACGAUGACGGCGGUAGUCAAGUCGGCCUUCAUGAACAUAACCGCAAUCGUCGCGUUGGCCCCAACAUUUCUGCUUGGACGGCACGACUUGUUUCUGUUUUAACCGGGAAAAAAACACGUUAUCCCACUAAUACAAAUCCUCAACGAGGUAAUAAAGAAAUCCGUCUAUGCCCGCAUCAUUAUCUGGAGAAGCACGACAACCAUCUCGACCUUAUCCGUAGUGAUUGCAACGUCAAAGCUCGGGAUGAACCAUUUACCUCCUCAUUAUCUUCUUCCAGAGACAAGAACUUAACCGGAGGGUUCUCAGACAAAAAAUCCUUAGCACCCAUUCCCUCUUCCUCACCUCCCGGGAAGAGCUCUGUUGUUACGCUUCCUUCCCGAUCUAGCCCUUCUUUGCCCCUCGAAUUUUCCGCUAUAGAUAAAAGUUCCAUGAGCGAUGAUACACCCGUCUUACUCCGCCUCUGCCUCAAAAGUAGCCAUGAAAACAUAAAAUCCUCAUCCGCCAUCGUGCUACCUCAAAUCUCAUCCGAUCUUUCCGACAGCAAUUCUUCUUGUCAUAGUGAACGCCAUAAGUGUGCCCCUUCUAAAGAAAUCGUCGAACGCGUUGAACAUAGGCAUCACGAAUCACGCCAUGACCACAACACCUGUCAUCACCGGGACAUCAUGAAAGCUGCCGAUGUCAUUAACUCCAAAAAGCGUCAACUUUUAGCCGUCCAAAAUAACACAAGCUUUGCCUUUGCUUACGACAAUCCCGAAUCAUUUAUCAACGAGGUACCACCCGUACCACCACCAACCUCACGUGAAACGGACGUAGGCACUCCUGCGGUUGAUCUGAAUUACUUGUCCGAUCAGGUCUUGUUAGAUUCAACUAAUCUCCCGGUUAAUAAAAACGAUCAAUACAAUGGCGCCUUGGUUAAGACGAAAGAUCAAAUGAAUGAAUUCGAAAAUAAGCAAACAAUGCAAGUCGAAUUUAGGGGCAAUCGUUCCCUACCGCUUUGUGGUCUUCAAAGCCUUUCCAUAUUCCUUAUAGUCGGUGAUAUAGCUCACAACAUCGUGGACGGCAUCGCCAUAGGAGCUGCUUUCUCCUCUUCCAUCAAGGAAGGCCUUUCUACGUCUUUCGCCGUGUUUUGCCACGAACUACCCCACGAAUUAGGAGACUUUGCCGUUCUGGUUUCGACGGGAAUGUCUUUCAAGAUGGCCCUCGUGGUCAACUUAUUCGCAGCUUGCACCAGCUUUUUCGGACUUUACCUCUCGCUAUCGAUCGCGUCGUCGAUAGAGGCCCGAAAAUGGAUAUUCGCUAUGACCGCUGGAAUGUUCCUUUACGUUUCACUUGUUGAUAUGCUGCCGGAACUUAGGGAAAUCAAGGUUGGAUCUCAAGCCUGGUCACUAUUCUGUCAAAACCUAGGGAUAAUCGUCGGGGUCGGCUUGAUGCUCUUAGUGGCGCUAUACGAGCAUCUUUUGUUUUGAAUAUUUUAACAUUUUCGUUUGUUUUUUAUCCGUUAUACACAUCAAACAAAUAACAAUAGUUAGUUUGCAUUAUAAAAAGGAAUAUAAACUGAAAUAUUUGUUAUAUAUUUUUUUUAUAUAGAUUAAUUUUUUAAAAAAAAAGAAGAUCUUGGAAAUUUUUGUUUCCGCCUACCAAUGAUCCUAUUUUUUUUAAAAGAUAAAACGAUCCAUUUUUUUAUAAACAAAAAUAUCAUUUAAAAAAAUAUAUUAUAUAAAUUGUAGAUAUUAUUAUUAAUAAAAAAUUUAAACCAAUCAAAAUUAGAAAAAGUUUUUUUUAACUAACCGCGUCACUGUCAUCUGUAAUUGAUUGAAUAAUCUUAUUUUUAGAUGUUCGAAUAAUUUACUGUAUUAUACAAUGUAAACUUUAGAAAUAUCCAUUAAAUAUUUUUAAGUUGGUAUUUUAAUUUUGUAUCUAUAUUAUAAAUAUACAAUAUUGUUAUUUUCUUUUGUUUUUCUUUAUUGCAAAACGGUCCAUUUUUUUAGAUAUCAUUUUAUCCAGUAUGCUUGUUAAAUCUUGCGUUAUACCUUAUUUUACUUACACAUAUUAUUCAUAUCCCCCCCCCCCCUCUUCCCUCAAAUUUUGACUUAUUUAUGGAUUUUAAACAUUUUAUUAUAGUCAAUUAUCCCUUGUUUUUUAAAUAGAAAUUUAUUGUA